AUGAACCCGAUUGGAGGAGGCAUGGUUCCGUUCGAUCCGGAUGACUCGGCCAGCGUUAGCACUCGCUGGAAGAAAUGGAAGCGGAUGUUCGAGAUAUUCCUGGACGUCAACAACGUCCAGCUGCCGUCAAGAAAGAAAUCGUAUCUCUUGCACUGCGCCGGAGAGAGCGUCCAGGAUAUCUACGUGAGUCUCGUCGGGGAGCAAGAGCCACCAGUUCCCGAUGGAUCGGACCUGUACAAGGAGGCGAUUCGUGUGCUUGACGAACAUUUUCUGCCGAUGAAAUGCUUGCCCCAGGAGCGCCACAUCUUCCGAAACUUGGAGCAGGGACCGGACGAGAAGAUUUCCAGGUUUGUGCUUCGCUUGCGAGAGCAAGGAAAUCUGUGUGAGUAUGGCGACUGGCUCGAAGAAAACAUCAAAGAACAAAUCUUUGAAAAAGGAAAAUCGGACGAGCUGCGGGCCAAAAUACUCCAGAAGCCAAACAUGACCCUGGAGGAAACACUCAACGAAGGCCGUGCCCUGGAAACAAUCGAGAAGGUGCGGCAGGAACUGCACCGCGCGGCAGUGGUCAACAAGGUCAGUGCGUCCAAACAAGAGUGUUUCCGCUGCGGAAAUGAAGGCCACUUUGCGAGCAGCGAGCUGUGCCCGGCGAAAAACACGAAGUGCAGGAAGUGCGGAUUGGUGGGGCACUUCUGGCGCUGUUGCAACACCAAGGCGAAGCACGGAAAGCAGCGAAAGGUGCAGCAGGUGGCCCAAGAGCCGCCGGAACCGGAAGAAGUGGAUGACGUAUACGACUCGGACGACACUGUCAGUAACGUGGAUCAACAAGAAGUCCGAUACGUCUUUGCUGCAAGUACGGAGGAUGCUGCGGGAGAAAAAGUUGUGUGCUGUAUCGGAGGAGUGAAGAUCAAGUGGGUCGUAGAUUCUGGAGCUGGAGUGAACGUGAUGGACAACGCAACCUGGACCUACCUCAAGCAACGGAACGUCAAGGUGAUCUCGCAAACGAAGGAGCCGCGAACAACGCUCAAGGCCUACGGCAACAACAGCCUCAAGGUUUUGGGACAAUUCCGAGCUAGCAUUGCAACGAAGAACCACGAGACGAUCGCUGACGUGUUCGUGGUGGAAGAAGAUGGUGCGAGCCUGCUGAGCAAGACUACGGCGACGGAGUUGCAGAUCUUGAAGAUCAACACGGACGUGUGGAGUGUCAGCCCAGCGGAGAACGCAAUCGGCAAGAUCACGGGAAUCGAAGUUCACCUGCAGAUCGAUCCACUGGUAAAACCCGUCCAGAUCACCAAGUGCCACAUCCCAAUUCCGCUGCAGGAAAAAGUGGAACGAGAAAUCGAUCUUUUGCUGGCACAGGACAUCAUCGAGGUGGCACCGAUUGAUUCACCGUGGAUUUCCCGUUUGGUAGUUAGCCCGAAAGCCGGUGAUCCGUCUGCCGUUCGACUGUGCGUGGACAUGCGUGCCGCCAACAAGGCCAUUGUUCCACAGCAUUUCCCGCUGCCAACGUUCGAGGACAUCGUUCCACACCUUCGAGACUGCAAGUGGUUUUCGAAGAUCGACUUGAUCAAAGCGUUCCACCAGGCGGUUCUGGCACCAGAUUCACGGUACAUCACCACGUUUGCCACCCACCACGGCUACUACCGGUACAAGCGGCUGCUAUUCGGCAUGAACAUCGCGUCGGAGGUGUUUCAGAGCAUCAUGGAGCGCGUACUGAAGGGGACUUCCGGAGUGAAAGUCUUUAUCGACGACAUUCUGGUGUUUGGAUCGACGAAGCAACAACACGACGCUGCCCUCAAGGCAGUGAUGCACCGCUUGACGAGCCAUGGAAUCACCGUGAAUCCAAAAAAGUGUUUCCUCGGAAAAUCUGAGGUGACGUUCAUGGGCCAUGUGCUGUCCGCUGACGGAGUUCGACCAACCUUGGACAAAGUGGAGGCGAUCAAGCGAUUGCGGGAGCCGAAGACGCCGGAGGAGGUGCGCAGUUUUCUUGGGAUGAUCACCUAUCUUGGCCGUUUCAUCCCGGAACUGUCAACGCUGACUUCACCGCUGCGAGAACUACUCCGGAAAGACUCGGAGUUUGUCUGGGGCCCGUCGCAACAGCAGGCGUUCCAGAAACUCAAGGAGCUACUCAAGGAUGCCAAGAAUCUGGGAUAUUAUUCUCCACACGACAAAACUAUUGUGAUUGCGGACGCCGGUCCUACCGGGCUCGGAGCAGUUCUGAUUCAGGAGAAGGAUGGGCGAAAAAGAGUGAUUUGCUACAUCAGCAAAGGGCUCUCGGAUGCGGAGAAGUCGUAUGCCCAGAACGAGAAGGAAGCGUUGGCGUUGGUGUGGGCUGCUGAACGGCUGCAAAUUUACUUGCGUGGGUUGACAUUCCUUCUCCUCACUGAUCACGAACCGCUGAAGGUGAUAUUCGGACCAAACCACGUCUCCUGUCCAAGAAUUGAUCGUUGGGCCAUGCGACUGCAAUCGUUCAGGUUCACCGUAAUACACAUCCCCGGCAAAGUGAACAUCGCCGACCCGCUGUCGAGACUGCCGGCCUACACGAAGUGCAAGACGUACGAUCAGUUCGGCGAGGAAGCGGUUCUUGCGAUCACACAAAAGGCGGUGCCUACUGCUCUGACAACGGAGGAAAUCGCAAGCAACACAGUGGCUGAUGUGGUGUUGUCAAGGGUGAAGGAGGCUCUCAAGACCGGCCGCUGGAAUGAAGAAGUGAAGAAGUUUGCGCCGUUCAAAGAAGAGCUCUAUUGCUGCAAGGAAAUCCUGCUUCGAGGAGAACGCCUCGUAAUCCCCCAGAGCCUUCAAAAGCGCACUUUGGCGCUUGCCCACAUUGGACACCCGGGGAUAGAACGAUCCAAGCAACGACUUCGCUCCAAAGUGUGGUGGCCAGAGAUCGACAAGGACGUGGAGCAGGCGGUUCGAAAGUGCUUGGAUUGCCAGAUUGUGGGGAGAAUGGCACCACCAGAACCGAUGGCCGUACGACAGCUUCCAUCUAGUCCAUGGGAGUUCCUGAGCAUGGACAUGCUGGGCCCGCUGCCGACCGGUGAGUCGCUGUUAGUAAUUAUCGAUUGCUACAGUCGGUUCCGUAUCAUCGAAGUGUUGAAGCAGACCACAUCGGCUGACAUCAUCGGCAAGCUGAGGCCGUUGUUCAUGAGGAUGGGAAUCCCGUCCGUCCUGAUGAACGACAACGCACGGAACUUCACGAGCAACGAGAUGGAAGACUUCUGCAAUUCGCUCGGGAUCAGACAACGACGUACCACGCCCUACUGGCCGCAGGCUAACGGGGAGACCGAACGCCAGAACAGAUCGAUACUCAAGAUCCUGAAGAUUGCCGAGCUGAACAAAUCGAACUGGAAGAAGGACCUGGAGGAGUUCAACUAUGCCUACGCCUUGACUCCUCAUCCAGCAACAGGACGUUCACCUGCAGAGCUGGCAUUUGGUCGGCAGUUUCGAGACUGGAUUCCACAAUUGUCUGGUCUCGGAAGUCACGAAGAGGAGGUGGAAGACAAGGAUAAGAGCUACAAAUAUCGUGCCAAGUGCCAAGUGGAUGCUACUAGAGGAGCAAGAGAGUCGUCUAUCGAGCUGGGAGAUCAAGUCCUGAUGAAAAACAUGAACCCGACCAACAAACUGUCUGCUCCGUUUCUACCCCAACCAGCAAAAGUGAUCAGCAAGCAGGGAAACUCGGUCGUCGUGGAGACCCCCGAGGGCGUGAAGUACCGGCGAAAUUCGUCGCAUUUGAAGAAGGUGAACACUCCUGACGUGGAGACCGAGGACGAGGACUUGCAGUGGGCGACGCCAACACAAGGUGAGGAGAUUCCCGAGAAGCAGCCGGAUGCAGAAACGAGCCGAGGCCAAACAUCGACGACUUCGACAAGGUCUGGCCGCCAAAUCAAGCGUCCACUACGGUUCCAGGACUUCAUCGUGGAUGUCGGUACUGGAGGAGAGCAAGGAACCAAGAUGUGA